AUGUCAACAACGAGCGCUCAAGAUCUUCUAACCGUCGCCGAUCUCGUGCACGAUCUGGAGUUGUUUUUUUACGCGACACUCCCUGCGAUGACGGCCACAGCGAGCGAUGGCGUCGAGUUUUGGACAGCUGCCGGCGGACCUCUCUUAUUCCUAGACGAUAGCGACACAGACCAAAAUCCCAACUCCUCCCUAGGGCUCGCGAGCCAGAUAUCGCUACGCUUUCCACAACGUGACAUACACGCGCCCAUGGGAAACACACAGCUCCAAGGAUUCUUGCGUGCGGCUAGCCGGCCGAUUACGACGACGUCGGGACGAUCGAUACCUUCCCAUCAACAAACCGACACAAGCGACCGAAAACUCGCGCUGAUGAACCCAAACAUACGAAAAACUAGAAAACGAAUACGCACAGUGGCUGGCUCAACGUCAAGGUCGUCCUCUAAUUCGCCCUCGCCAGAACGUAGUCCGUCACCCUACAAAGAUGGACAAAAUGAUGACCUUGUAAUCCCCAUCGCAAUAGUCGACCCGCAAACUGCUAAAGAGCAAGCGUCAAGCUUUCGCCAAAAUGUCAUCACCAGCAGCAGCGGCGGCACCGGCCUUCGCAGUGUGUUGUGAUGAGCAAAGGCGAGUUUUGGUUCCUCGGCCAACCGUCAUCGGACGUGGCAUUUAAGCAGCACAUAUUAUCCCGAAGAUACAUUGGAAUCGCUACCCUGUCGACGAUGACCAAAAAUACCCGAUCAAAGUGACGUGGAAAGGGACGCGUGGCAGACUACAUGGAGUCCUGGCAAUGGGUUGAUGGCUAGUCACCUGCACCAGUCCUUUGACCAGCGACCUUUCUCCAUUCACCCAGAUACGGGCAUCAUUCGCGCCUUCGUGCCCUACUCUCUUACUGGGAUACCACGGGAGGCAUUCUGUUUUGCCCCCUGGGGUGGAUAGGCGGGCUCUGCGGCUGCAUUACGACAUGGGCUGUAUCGAGAAUUUCGGCGCCACAUGUCCCAUGCCUAGCGCCCCAGCACCUGUCAUCAGCAUCAAGUCUGCGAAGCUGCCCGUCAACCCUCCCGUCACGGUCUCCGGAGACCCUGACAAAGCCCAGAGUCUUUUCACCACAGGCGGCGCACCUCCGUCCGCCCAAGGCGGAGGCACAACUUCGUUGGAUGGCAGCUUUGAUCAUUCGGUAAAGUUCAAGAGAUCGGCGGUGGAGCUCCCUCCUAGCCCGGCGUCUUCCCGUCCAUCCAUGUAAGACGAAGACCAGACACGGCUCUGGCAAGUGGGCAAUAUGAUCAUCUCUGACCCUCAGGAGGCCGAACAGUAUCAGCGGCAAGGGUGGAUAGUAUCAGGAGUGCAUAGUGAGGGGAUGAUGACGAGGAGGGUUGGUCUCAAAUCGUACAAAAGGGGCACUCGGAGGUGGACCCGGAGCGUGGGCGAUCUAGGAAAAGGAAGCGCCUGAUGCCGGAUCAAUGACAUCGUGUGUAUAACGUUGUUAUCAGGACUGGCUAUAGCAGCACCCUAGCCACUCCGAACAAGCUUCGUCUUUUUCACAGGUGUCUUUUCCGAAUCCACCGAGACCCGAUCGCGAACCAGCAUCAUUGGUACUGGGAACAUACAACAUGUCCGUUCCAGGAGGGCUUACCCAGCGUACAGGUAUUUUUAAUAGCAGCAGCUCGAAUUGUUUGGCUCGAGAGUGUUCGAUAUACAGAGAAACUAAUCGUUGCCAGAAAACCACCAGAAAGGAUUUAGCUUUUAU